UGUUGUGUUGAUUGUAGUGAACGUCACAUUGAAAUUGAUUGCAUCAACACUUCAUAUAUUGUUUGCAUUUGUUUUGUAUCACAAUUUGAACUCAAUUUAGGUCUCAUGUAAUGGCAAACCGACGGACAACUCAUCAAUAUUACGGCAAUGGAAACGGAUUUUCUGGUACUUCGGGUGCGGAUGAGAUGGAGACCCAAAACAACGAUCUCGUCGACGGUCUCAGGAGUAAAGUGGGAGCUCUUAAGUCGUUAACCCUCGAUAUGGGCGAAGAGAUCAAAGACCAGAACCUAUAUCUCAAAGACAUGGACAACACGUUUGACUCGAGUUGGGGUCUGUUGUCGUCGUCGUUGAAUCGCGUCAAACGUAUAGCAAAUUCUGGUCAAAACCGACACAUUUUGUAUCUCUUUUUAUUCGCAUUUUUUGUUUUCUUUAUUAUUUAUGUAAUCAUGAAAUUGAGAUAAUAUGACUGUCUUUUCCUUUAGUAAUUCAAUAGUUUUCUCGUUUUGGAUUAAUUUUAAACUAAUUUAAAAUAUCUGUCAUUAAUUUAAUACACAAUUAC